CUGGUGCUGCUGCUGAUUUUCCCUCAGAGCUGCACAGAGCUGCAGAAGAGUCACAUCAGGAGCUCGGAGUGUGAACACGGAGACGUCUACAUGCAGGGACCAUUAAUCAAACACACAGCCACGGCGAGAACAAUGUGCUGAGACAGAGAGAGAGAGAGAGAGAGAGAGAGAGAGAGAGAGACGGUUUUAUCAGAUGAAGUGGGUCAGUUACUCAGAGGAAGAGCAAACACUUUACUGCACCUGAACAAACAUUAACAGCACCACCUGCUGGACCGAAAGGCCCUGUGUGUGUGUGGGUGUGUGUGUGUGGGUGUGUGUGUGUGCGUGAGAAGCUGGGUGUGGCUCGAGCCCUGCAGGUCAUGAGCAGCAUAAAGAGCCAAUUCGGACAGGAUGUGGAGAAACAAGGCAUCAAACUGCCGAAGAAAUGGAACGACACCAACAAUAAGAUCCCCACAGACAGGACCAUGGUAGUGGGAGGGGGCGUGGCUGUAGGAGGAGGGGGCGUGGCUGUGAGUGGGGACUCUUCAGAGAUUCCUCGCAAGCGUAGACAACGUUACGUCGAAAAAGACGGGAAGUGCAACGUGCAUCACGGCAACGUGCGUGAGACGUACCGCUACCUAACGGACAUUUUCACCACGCUCGUGGACCUGAAGUGGCGCUUUAACCUGCUGGUGUUCACGCUGGUCUACACGACCACGUGGAUCUUCUUCGGGUUGAUCUGGUGGCUCAUCGCGUACGCUCGCGGUGACCUUGAGCACACAGAUGACGGAGAGUGGACGCCGUGCGUGGCCAACCUCAACGGCUUCGUCUCGGCGUUCCUGUUCUCCAUCGAGACGGAGACGACCAUUGGCUACGGCUACCGCGUCAUCACGGAGAAGUGUCCUGAGGGCAUCGCACUGCUGCUGGUGCAGGCCAUCCUGGGCUCCAUCGUGAACGCCUUUAUGGUGGGCUGCAUGUUUGUGAAGAUCUCGCAGCCCAAGAAGCGCGCAGAGACGCUCAUGUUCUCGCAGAAUGCCGUCAUUUCGAUGCGCGAUAACAAACUGUGCUUGAUGUUCCGUGUAGGAGAUUUACGCAACUCACACAUCGUAGAAGCGUCGAUCCGAGCAAAGCUGAUCCGCUCCAAACAGACCAAGGAAGGAGAGUUUAUCCCGCUGAAUCAGACCGAUAUCAACGUGGGGUUCGACACCGGUGACGAUCGGCUCUUCCUCGUGUCUCCUCUCAUCAUCUGCCACGAGUUUAACGAGAGCAGCCCGUUCUGGGACAUCUCGCAGGAGCAGCUGGCACGGGAAGAGUUCGAGAUCGUCGUCAUUCUCGAGGGAAUGGUGGAGGCCACAGGGAUGACGUGUCAGGCGCGCAGCUCGUACCUGGACUCUGAGGUACUUUGGGGAGAACGCUUCACCCCUGUGCUCUCUCUGGAGGAGGGAUUCUACGAAGUGGACUACGACACCUUCCACCAGACGUACCCUACUCCCACUCCCACGUGUUCCGCACGCGAACUCGCCGAACUCGCCAAAAAAGGAGAAGACAUCCCUCUCCCACCGCUCACCCCUCCAAUCCUGAACCAGGACCAGAACCAGAACCCGGAACCCGGAGAAAGAGAAGAAGGAGAGUGGGAUGAAGAAGGAGAAGUGGAGAGCGUCAGCAACGGCGAUGUGAAAAAAAUGGAUGCUGAACAUUAAAAAAGGAGAAAGACGAACACGAACCCUUCCUGUAGUGCACACUACUUAGGGAUGUUCUGUCCCAUUACACCACGACAUCUGUUUAGAUUUUCUAGCAAUACUGUAAGAUUUAUUUUAAUCACUCGGUUUAUCUUCUCUUCAUCUCAGUGAUGAUCACGGCUGCGUCCCAAACGCUGGUGUUUAAUAGAAAUAAACACAUAGAAAUGUCACAACUUUAUAGAAUGACUUUAUGUAGCCUAAUAAUAAAAAAGAACACAUUAGGAACACAGCCUAGCAAACUAAGCCACUGCAUAUCAUAUCCUGUAUCUGUGACAUAAAUAUGAUUUUAAUCACCAUGUAUGAAAGUUUCCUUAGCAAGCCCAUAAUGCUGAAAACCAUUUGUAAGCAUCGUUUCACUUUUGGGAAACAUUUUAGCCGGCUCAUUUCUCCUGAACUGAACAGAAGGGUUAAAAUGUGCUGCUGCUGAUUUUAUGCUUAUUCAGCUAUUUACACAAACGCUGUGUCAUCAAAAUUAGGAGUGUGUUACUCUUUUCGACACAAUCCACAGAGCGACUGUAGGAUCACACACUGUCUGAUUCAUUAUUAUAGAAUAUUAUAUGAAAAGAUAUGUAAUAAAUAAAGUUCCUUCAGCAUGUGUUCCA